AUGGAUACUAGAAUAAUUUUCUCAAUUGUAUCUCUAUUGUUCAUAAAUUUCUCUCUUGUUCAAGCACAGCCAGCUAUUUUUGAUAUAACAAAAUUUGGUGCAGCACCUGAUGGAAAAGCAGAUGCAAGUCAGGCUAUAGCGGAUGCUUGGAAAGAGGCUUGCGCAGCAGCAGGAUCUAGCAAAAUAUUGAUUCCAGCAGGGAAAUUCUUGGCAGGUAGAAGUUCAGGGAACCGUGCAAGCCCACCAGAGCUUGUAGGGGGGGAUGGUUGGUUUAAUUUUAACCAUAUUGAUCAAUUCACACUAUCUGGAAAAGGAACUUUAGAUGGUCAAGGACAAGUUGCAUGGAAGGGAGUAUUGAUAGGCGAAAUUUCAGCAUAUUUUGGUUCAGUUGGGGCACUUCCAGCAGUUGCUGGUUUAUGGACAGCAGCAGGGCAUGUAACAGGUACUUCGGCUGGUGCUGAUUUGCGGGCAGCAGUGGUUGUGGCAGGUGCUGUUUUUGCAGCAGGAGCUUCGGUUGGUGCUGAUUUUUGGACAGCAGCAGGUUCUGCAGUGAAUAUAAGGUUUAACUUCAUUACCAAAGGCUUAGUUCGUGACAUAACGUCUCUUAAUAGCAAGUACUUUCACGUCAAUGUAUUCGGAUGUGACGACUUCACAUUUGAAGGCUUCAAAGUCAGUACACCUGAAGGUAGCCUUAAUACGGAUGGAAUUCAUAUUGGGCGAUCAAAGGGAGUGACUAUAUCUAAUGCCAAAAUAGGCACGGGUGAUGAUUGUAUCUCUAUUGGUGAUGGAACCGAAAAUCUAAAAAUCACAAAAGUGGCAUGUGGACCUGGUCAUGGCAUCAACAUAGGGAGCUUGGGGAAGUAUGAGAAUGAAGAUCCUGCUUCCGGAAUUACUGUUUCCGAUUGCACCCUCACCGGUACAACUAAUGGUGUUAGAAUUAAAACUUGGCCUGCAAUGUUUCCUAAUACUGCAACUAAUAUUCAUUUCCAAGAUAUUACUAUGGAAAAAUUCUCCAAUCCUAUUAUUGUAGAUCAAAUGUAUUGUCCAUGGAACAAAUGCAAUAAAAAGGAACCAUCUAAAGUGAAGAUUAGUGAUGUUAGCUUCAAAAAUAUAAAGGGAACUUCUGCAACUGCUCUUACCGUUCAACUUAUAUGCAGCAGUGGAGUCCCAUGUGAAAAAGUGGAACUUGCGAACAUUGACUUGACAUAUAGUGGUCCUGAAGGCCCAGCAAAAUCUGAAUGCAUUGAUGUUAAGCCAACAAUUGUAGGGAAGAUUCCAGAGAGAUGCAAAUAG